AAAACUAUCUACCUUCAAUGCCUACAUGGACAAACUUGGCUGUGACACAGUGAAAAUGUGGCGAGAUAUUGAAGACAUAAUUAUCAAGACCUUGAUUACUGCUCACCCUAUAAUUAAGCACAACUAUCACACCUGCUUCCCCAACCACAUCAUGAAUAGCGCCUGCUUUGAAAUUUUGGGCUUUGAUAUUCUACUGGACAGAAAACUUAAACCCUGGCUUCUGGAGGUCAAUCACUCUCCAAGUUUCUCCACUGACUCAAGGUUAGACAGAGAAGUCAAAGACAGUCUGCUUUAUGACACCCUUGUCCUAAUCAACCUGGGAGCCUGUGAAAAGAAGAAAGUACAAGAUGAAGCACGGCGGAGGGCAAAAUUUCUGCAGCAUGUCCGUUCUAGGGAGAUCAGGAUUGAGGAAUUAAAGAACUACCAGGCUGGGUGGCUGGAGAAAAUUGAACGUUAUGAGAAAGAAAAAAGUGGCGGCUUCCGGAGGAUUUAUCCAGAAUUGGGGUCUGAAAAGUAUCAGAAGUAUUUUCAUCACAGCAAUUCACUCUUUCAAAACACAGUGGCCUCCAGAGCCCGGGAAGUACACACCCG